GGAGCUGAGUUUCGAGAGUUUUGCCUUGCAACCUACAUUAUGUUCAGUAGGCGUGGUGUUUGAUCUCGAAUUACCUGAAACUCCUCUCCCUCCCUGCCUUCAGCGAACAGCCGGACGCUCAACCUCAACCCUGUUCAACAAAUGCAAGAUUACAGAGGAGUCAACUACUGCUGAGGGGGAUGAUUUGAUGGUGGGGUCUCAGGAAACGCUACAGGACUGAUCAAACAGGAGGAGGAACUACGACAUCUUUGAAAUUACAGAUAAAUGGUAUUCAAACACUAGGUGACAAUUCUGGCAGCGAAAUGAGGCCAACAGUGAUCCUGCGUGGCCUUGUGGUGUUGUUUACCAGUGGAGUCAUGUUGUACAUCGCCAAGGAAUUUAUGUUUUCUGAAGUAAGAUUGAAACAUAUGAAAUAUUUCAACGAGUUUACAGAUUCAAUACCUAAGAAGUUCGUCUGCCAAAUGGAAACGCAAUGUCCUGAUGAUCAAUUUCCGUUUAAGAUCACCAGUGGAGCAGCAAAUAUUGUCGGGGCCAACAUUUGUUUCAACGGUCAAACGCUGAUGAGUACGGUAAAAAAUAAUAUCGGGAAAGGGAUAAACAUUGCUUUAGUGAAUGCAAGCAAUGGUCAACUAAUAACCACCAACUUCUUCAAUAUGUGGAGUGGAAAAAUUGAACUGCUUGUGGAUUUCUUAAAAGCUAUAAAGCCUCCCACUAUUGUGCUACUUGCCUCGUUUGAUGAACCGUCAACAAAGAUGAAUGAUGACACAAAAAAAUUAUUUACUGAACUGGGAAGUUCUCUAAUUUUUUCCCUGGGCUUUCGAGACAACUGGGUCUUUCUGGGAGCAAAACCGAUUAAGGGGAUAAGUCCAUUUGAACAGAUCCUGAAGAACGAUAAGGCAAAGAACAAGUAUGACAACUGGCCUGAAGCGAUUGAGAUGGAGGGUUGUGUUCCCAGGAAGAACGACUAGUGACUUUAUCCGUCCGCUAUCUGUUUGGAGAAACGCAACAACGAUGUAUCAUUCACACAACAAUACUCUUGAUGCUUUUUAUCACCGUCUUCAUGAACAUUAUUCUUCCCCCCUCUCAGCUUUUCACUCGCCAAGUGUCAAUUUAAUGGUAUUUUCUUUAGAAGAGGAGGAAUUUCUCUAGCCAGAGGGUGGUGAGUGUUGGGAUUUAUUGCCACCGACGCAAGUGCAGGCCAAGUCAUUGGGUAUUUUUAAAGCGGAGAUUGGUAGGUUCUUAUCAAAGAUGGACACAAAAUUGCUGGAGUAACUCAGCGGCUCUGACAGCAGCUCUGGAGGAAAAGGAUGGGUAACAUUUCGGGUCGGGACCCUUCUUAUGAUUGAAAGUAGGGGUUGGGGAUGGGGUGAGUGUUCGGAUGGGGGAUGAGGGAGGGAGGUGAAGAGCUGGAGCUGAGAAAAGACUAGGAACAAUCGGAGCCAGCCACGAAUGACUUCAGACAGGGUGGUUCUUGAUAGGAUCUUGAUUAGUAUGGGUGUCAGGGGCUGUGGGGAGAAGGCAGGAGAAUGGGGUUAGGAGGGAGAGAUAGAUCAGCCAUGAUUCAAUGGUGGAGCAGACUCGAUGGGCUGAAUGGCCUAAUUCUGUUCCUAAAUCUUAUGAUCUAAGAGGUGAUUUUACAGGCUGAAUGGCAGAAUUUUUAGCUGUUGUAUGGUGUUAGAAACUUAAUCAAUGGAUUCAAGUCAGUAUUUCAAUUUGGAUGUCACACAGUGGAGUUGCUGCUUCACAGCGCCAGAAACCUAAGUUCAAUCCUGACCUCGGGUGCUUUCUGCGCAGAGUUUGCACGUUCCUCCUGUGAUCUGCCUGACCCGUGUUUAGCCCACAUCCCUCCAAACCUGUCCUAUCCAUGUACCUGUCCAAAUGUUGUGAUGGUGUCUGCCUCACCUGCCUCCUCCAGCAAACCCAUCCCACAUCCCAAAGACGUGUGGGUAACUGGUCCUCUGCAAAUUGCCCCUAGUGUGUAGGGAGUGGAUGACUAAAUGGGAUGACAUAGUAUCCAGUGUGAACUGGUGAUCGAGGGUCGGCGAUGGGCCAAAGGGCCUGUUUCCAUGCUGUAUCUCAAAACUAAAACCAACAUUGGGGGCCUUGCCAGUUUUGUGAGCAAGUCCGAUUUCUGUAAGUGUGUAUAAAUAUAUAUUUUAUGUAGUAGAAAUUCAGUUUACAAUCAAUAUUACUUAUGCUUAUAUUUAAUACAAAUAGUCGGCAGGGUUGGCACCAUCAUGGAGCCACAUUGGGGUUGAAGCAGACCAAGACCAAGAUCACAUUUGAAAAAAAUGUGUAAAAAUAUAUCUACACACAAAACACAUUUUAACAUAAACAUCCACCUCAGUGACUCCUCCACAUUCCUCACUGUGAUGGAAGGUGAAGAAAAAGUUCAAUCUCUUCCCUUAGCUCUCCCGGGGAUGAUCUUGACUCCCAUAGCCCGCGGGGUCCAAACAAGCAUAGUCCAAGGGUGUCGCAGUUAAAGUGCGUAAUGGUGCCGUUGGAGUAGAGAUUUAAGCGUGGUUUUAAUUUUAGUUUUAGAGAUACAGCACGGAAACAGCUACCAAGUCCGUGCCGACCAAUGUUCCCCUCACACCAACAUUUUCCUACACACACUGGGGACAAUUUACAUUUUUAAACCGAACGAACCUGUACGUCUUUGGAGUGUGGGAGGAAACCGGAGCACCUGUAGAAAACCCAC